AUGGACUUCAGCAAGCGUCCCUCUAAGGAGCUCUUUGAGGACACUGUAGUUAUGACUCCAAUCUACCAGCACAUCUUGGCCUUAGAAUUUGCCAUCAAGGAGGUCAACAGAAAUCUUCAUCUUUUACCCAAUCAUACCCUCGGUUUUCAGAUCUAUAAUACCUACUUCAUGACAAGUUGGACAUAUCAGGCCUCAUUGGAGCUUUUCUCUAGAAAGGGGCAGUUCCUUCCUAACUACAACUGUGAAACACAACACAGACCAAUAGCAGUCAUUGGAGGACCUACAUCUGAUGUGUGUGUACACAUGAGUGCCAUCCUGUCCCUCUACAAGAUGCCACAGUUAAUCUAUGGUUCCACUACUGAAAGUAGUAUGAAAAAAGAGGCUGCGUUAUGGCAACAAAUGUUCCCAAAUAUAGAUGGUCAAUAUAAGGGAAUUUGUUUAUUACUUUUGCAUUUUGGAUGGAUAUGGAUUGGGAUCUUGUCAGCAACAGAUGACAAUGGUGAGAAGUUUAUACAAAACAUGGUUUCCAUGUUUGCCCAGAGAGGGAUCUGUUCAGCUUUCAUUGAAAUAUUUCCUGUCAUCGAUUAUUCAAAUAGCUUUGCUGAGCUGGUGGAAGUGGGACUUCAAAUGUACAUGGUAGUUAUGAAAAGCACAGUUAAUGUAGUAUUAGUUCAUGGUGAAAUUUAUGGAAUUAUAGUUCUGAGACUUCUUUCCACUAAUUUGAAAACUGAAGAUGCAUCAUUAUGGAGAAAGAGUAAAAUCUGGGUGAUGACCGCUGAGAUGGAUUUCACCUCACUUCCCUUUCUAAGGAAUGCUGACCUAGUCUUCCUCCAUGGUGCUCUGUCUUUUGCAAUUCACACAGAGAAGGUGUCAGGAUUCCAGAAAUUUGUUCAGAUGAAGGACCCAAUCUUGGAAAAAGAAGAUACUUUUGUCAAGCUCUUCUGGGAAAGUGCCUUUGAAUGUUCCUUCUCCAUCUCUGUUAUGAAUGAAGACAAAAAUGUGAUUCCCUGUACUGGAAAGGAGAAACUGUUAGCUCUUCCUACAUCUGUGUUUGAAAUGGACAUGACUGGCCAUAGCUACAGCAUCUACAAUGCCAUCCAUGUUGUGGCAUAUGCUUUGCAUGACUUCCAUUCAUCAAUGUUGCAAUACAGAGCUAGAGGGCAUGAGGCCAAAUUGGAACUUCUGGAUCAAAAGUUGUGGAAGCUAAACCAAUUUAUGAGAGGUAUCUCAUUCAAUAAUAGUGCUGGACAAAAAGUUUCUUUUAACCAAAAUGGAGAAUUGGAGACUGGAUUUGAUAUUAUGAAUUGGAUCACAUUCCCCAAUCUAUCAUUUCUGAGAGUCAGAGUUGGAGAGAUGAAGCUCAUGGAUUCCCAGGAACCAUUAUUCAGCAUUGAUGAUGAUGAUAUUGUAUGGCCAAAGAGAUUUAACCAGUCUCCUUUUCUUCUUGAACAGGUCCAACCUCUAUCUUUAUGUAAUAGCAGGUGCCAUUCAGGUUAUACUAGGAGCAAGAUAGAAGACAAACCAUUUUGUUGCUAUAAUUGUAUACAAUGUCCACAUGGGAAGAUUUCCAACCAAGAUAACAUAGAUGAUUGCUUUCAGUGUCCAGAAGAUCAAUAUGCAAAUGUGAACCAGGAUUUGUGUCUUCCAAAGAUUGCAACAUUUUUGAUGUAUGAAGAAACUUUGGGGAUCAUUUUGGCCAGUUCUGCUCUUUUCUUUUCUUUGGUUACAGCUGGAGUCCUUUGGAUCUUUAUUAAGCAUCAGGACACUCCCAUAGUCAAAGCCAACAACCGGAAUCUCACCUAUGCUCUCCUUAUUGCUCUCCUCUUCUCUUUUCUUUCUUGUUUAUUAUUCCUUGGAAAACCUAGCAAGAUGACAUGUCUCCUUCGUCAAACUGCCUUCAGUAUUAUCUUCUCUGUGGCCAUUUCCUGUGUGUUGGCCAAAACCAUCAUUGUAGUUCUGGCUUUCAUGGCCACUAAGCCUGGUUCUAAGAUAACCAAAUGGGUGGGGAGAAGAUUGGCCAUGUCCGUCGUGUUGGGCUGUAGCUUAAUUCAAGCAACUAUUUGCACUAUAUGGCUGACAACCUCUCCCCCAUUCCCAGAUGCUGAAACAAAUUUAGUGGUGGAAGAAAUCUUUCUGCAGUGUAAUGAAGGUUCAGUCUUCAUGUUCUAUUGUGUCUUGGGCUAUAUGGGUUUCCUUGCCAUUAUCAGCUUCACGGUGGCUUUUCUAGCAAGAAAAUUGCCUGAUGUUUUCAAUGAAGCCAAGUUUAUCACCUUCAGCAUGUUGGUCUUCUGCAGUGUCUGGUUGUCGUUUGUUCCAACAUACCUGAGCACCAAAGGAAAAUAUAUGGUUGCUGUGGAGAUCUUCUCCAUUAUUGCUUCUAAUGUUGGGUUACUGAUUUGUAUUUUUUCCCCUAAAUGCUAUAUCAUUGUUCUGAGGCCUUCUCUAAACAGCAAAAAACAGCUAAGAAGACAAACCCAGAGCAAAACAUAAAAUUAUAUAUAUCAUUAUUUCAGAUUGUCUAUAGGAAAAGAGAAAUAUUUAAUCUUCUAAUAUAAUAUCACCUAGAAUUAUGCCCUUUCAAAUCUUUACGUUUAAUUUU